CAUAGCCUCCACAAGAAUGCAGUACUAACUAAAAAAACUGUAUGACAUACAACUAAUGUGAAAAUUAACAUAGAGAUAUUAUGGGUGAUAACCAAAAUAGUAUUCUACGCAAUAGAUUAAAAAAUCAUGUGGCCGGUCUUGAGGGGAAGACAUCGUCAGAGGGACAGAAUCGCGGAGCUACAACCGAAUGGGACCAAGUCUCAUCUACCUGUAUAACCCCUAAUAGACCCAAUACACCCCCAAAGAAGAGGCCUGUCAAUUGGGAAAGAAUCCUGACAUAUUCUACUCCAGUUCCUAAAACAUUUGACGAGAAUGUCGCAAGCGUCAAAGCUCGAUUGGAAGCUAAAAAGCCAAGGAGAAGUUGUUUCCUUCGCAUUAUACCAUUUUGGGUUAUAGCUUGGUUAUCAAAUCUAAAGUGGCCAACUUUCUCGAAAGAGAAAGCAGCAAAAAGAAACCAAUUGUUGAGGCAACAGAAACAUGAAGAAGAAUUGAAGAAGAAGGAAAAAAGAAAAGAAGAGGCAGAGGAAAGACGCAGAUUUCUUAUACGGGUUCAGGAAAUGAUUGAAGAAGAAGGCCCAGAAGUUCUAAGUAGCACAGAUGAAAAGGGGCACACUCCGGUCCAUUGGGCUGCACUAGGGGGUCAUACCAACAUCAUUAGACUCAUGGUGGAUCAUAAGGCAAAUCUUGAUGUGCAGAGCAAGAAUGAUCUAGGACCUAGGCCCAUUCACUGGGCAUGUGUUAAUGGCCAUGUGGCAGUUGCUGAUAUAUUACUACAGGCAGGUGUCAACAUAGACACCAUUGAUAAUAAGGGUUGUUCGCCAUUAAUCAUUUCAUGUCAAUAUGGACAAACAACAUUAGCCUGUUACCUAAUGGCCAAGGGGGCGAGGCUACAGCUGACCGAUCGUGAGGGGGAUAAUGCCCUACAUUGGGCAGCAUUCAAAGGGCAUUGUGAGUUGACAAGACUUCUAAUUUACUCUGGAUUCAAUCCAAGGCAAAUUGAUAACUAUGGACAGACUCCGCUCCACCUUGCUUGUAUAAGCGGUGACCUAAACACAGUAAAGAUGCUUUGCGAGCAAGAUGGGGUUGAAAUUGACAGGCCAGAUCACAACCAUAAGACACCGAUGAUGUUAGCGCAAGGGCGUAACCACAAGGAUCUCAUCACUUACUUGGAGGGCGAGAGUAAAAUCAAAGCUAGUUUCAUUCCACGAAUCAAUUUUAAGAGUAUUAUAUUUGGGCCAGCAGGCAAAAGCAAGGGUCCAUUUCUUUUUUAUAUUUUCAAUGUUUUAUUUUGGGGAUACCCUAUGUACAUGUUUAAGUGUGUGCCUACAACUUUUGCUCUCAAUCCUGGUGUUCAUUAUGUGUUUCUGUUCCUUAAUGUUAUAAUGUGGUACACAUUGUAUAAGGCAUACUCAUUGGAUCCAGGAUUUCUUCCCAAAAACUCAUCAGAUUAUGAUCAAGCCAUUAAAAGAGUUGCCCACUUUGAUGAAUGGAAACAGGGUCAAAAUCCGUUGAAACGUCUUUGUCACACGUGUCGUCUAGUGAAGCCAAUGAGAGCGAAGCACUGUAGAAUAUGCAACCGAUGUGUUCAGCACUUCGAUCAUCACUGCCCUUAUGUGUAUAAUUGCGUAGGAUAUAAAAAUAGGACAUACUUUGUUGGUUUCACAAGUUGCGUGUCUCUGCUAGCCAUGUUCACCUUUUACUUCUCGUAUGUUAUAAUCUCUUUGGAGGGCUGGCAGUGGCUGUACAUCAUAGGCAUUUUGGAAGUCAGUUUCUUUGGCUUAGUAACUUCAGGGUUAUGCUGUGCUACGUGGUAUAUGGCAAUGACAAAUACCAACACCAACGAACGAAUCAACUAUAAGAAAUAUGAUUACCUGAAGGACGGAAACAACCACUACCACAAUCCAUUUGACCGAGGCGUUCGGUACAACUGCCAGGAAUAUUUUCACUUUCGCAAACCAAUGGUGGAUGAGGAAGUUGAGAAUAUCUACGCUUACACAGUAUAACAUUGUAUAUGAUAAUGUUACUGUAUCAUAACUGUAGAUUAAUAACAUGUUAAUUGCUGUAUACAUAUAUAUAACUUAAGCCUUUUUAUUGUAAAUUUAAUUGCAGGUAUUAUAUAUAUGGGCAAAUGGCAGAUAUUUGUUGCAUAAAACAUUACAGCAUGAUAGACAUGGAAUUUGAAAUAAUCAGUCUGACAUGUAUGCUCCGAAAAUUGCUGAAUGUGGGGGUGGCGGGAGGGAGGGAGGCAAUCUUGACUGUGAACUUAUAAUAUAGAAAUUCCAUAAACGAGGAUGGACAGUGGAAUCAUUUGUCUUCUACAGGUGCUUUGAUGUAAUGGUCAGUACAUUUUCUUCUAGUGUUAAGUCCUGUCCAGAUUAUUAUUAUUAUUAUUGUAUAUCCAUAUAUAGUCAUGAUGUGAUGUCAUCAUGACCAUAUUUAGGCAUAUUUUAUAGUCUGGACAGGACUUGAAUGCCAGUGACUUGAGUAUAUGUAGAAACUUCAUAACUUAAUAUUCAUUUUUAAAUUUCCUUUAAUUUUUUAAAUGAUGGUUCUGUUGUGGAAAAAAAAACACAGCAUACUUUAGGGUAAUUUUAUAUUAAAAGUCCUUCAAAAGAGAUUUCUCUUUAACGGGAGAAAAUAAUAUGUAUUUAGUUAAGCUGCAAACAAACUGAAUUUGAAUUUUUGAAUCGGAAGGCUUACUGAACCGAUCGGAAGAAAAUAGGGAUGGUGGCGUUCAGCAUAUCGGAAACAUGGUCCAAAUUUCAGUUCAGAUUUGAUGUGAAUGCAGCUGUACACUUAAUGCCAUCGUAGAGGUACUUUGCUGGCAAUUACAGAAGUAGGGGUUUUGAUACACUUAUUAUUCAAAGAGGCCGCACAAAAUGUCGUACAAAAUACCUUAAAUCAGGGUUGACAGAAAGGGAACUUUACCCUCAAGUCUUUAACACCAUUAUUAGGCCAUAAAUACAAUAUAUAUACGUACCUCAUACAUAGACUCUUGGCAUCUGAUUGGUUAAGAAGUGAAGGCAAUAGAAAGUACUACAGUUAUUACCCUAUGGGAUAGUAAUCUUUGCCUUGCCGUGCAAAUGUAAUUUAUGACACGCACAAACGGUAAAGGAGACGCGACUACUCCAACGCUAGCUGAGAGAGAUUGGACCUCAGAAAGUAAUCCUAGCCUAAUUGGUGUGUACUAUUUUCAUUACUUUUUUAGGUCUCAACUUUUUCAGGUGUAUGUGUGAGGUACCAUAUAUAUAAAACAAAUAUUGACUGCUCUAGAUUCUGGGAGUGGUAAAUUGUAUAGCCCCUCUGUGAUAUGGAGAUUGUAGCCUAUCUUCUGUCAGGACUUCGCCCCCCCCCCCCCAAAUCACCUUUGGCUACCUCCAAAUCACCUUUGGGCAAUAGAUUUCACCAUUGCCCUCAUGAGCAGUCAGUACAGUAUUUAUAUAGUAUUGGCCAUGCACAUGUUCGGAAUUCAGGGUCAAGUCCUGUCCAGACUCAAUUAUAUUUAACAAAAACAUCUGAAAUGUCUAAAUAUGGUCAUGAUGACAUAUCAUGACCAUAAUAUAUAGCCACAUCAUGACUAUAUAUGGGCACAUCAUGACUAUAUAU